AUGUGCGGGCCGUCGGGGGUGGGGAAGGGCACCCUCCUCGGCCGCCUCCGCCGCGCCCACGGCGAUCGAAUCCAAGUCGCCGUCUCGCACACAACCCGGGCCCCUCGCCCGGGCGAGCGCGAUGGCCACGAUUACCACUUCGUGGACCCUGAGGUGAUGGCCACAAUGCGGGCCAACGGCGAGCUUCUGGAGGCCGCGGACAUCCACGGCAACGUCUACGGCACGAGCGCCGCCGCCCUUCAUCUCGUCAGCAGCUCCGGCCACGUUUGCCUUUUGGAAGUCGACGUUCAGGGCGCGUCCUCCCUGCGCGCGAAGGAGGGGGAAGGGGCCCUCACCGCCCGUUUUUUCUUUAUCACAGCACCGAUAACUGUGCUGGAGGAUCGGCUGCGCAAGCGUGGGACGGAGUCGGAGGCCACGCUAAAACGCCGUCUCCGGACCGCCAAGGCCGAGUUCGACUUUCUAGAGUCCAACCCCGACUUCUUCAACGCGGUGAUCGUCAACGACGAUCUGGAUCGGGCCUACGCGCGACUGGUGGCUUGCAUCAACGCGACCUUCACAGAAUUUGGGAUGCCUCUGCUGGGGGAAGGGAAGGAAAACGGGGAAGCGUCGUAG